AUGGCCGCAGAUCGUCUUAGCUCGCUUCUGAGCCACCUCCGACCCGGUGCUAACACUGGGCUUAAUGCAAUCACCCAAAAGAACCCAGAUGAUGUAGUGAUUACAUUGUCUCUGCGCACGCCGCUGACCAAGGCGCGGAAGGGUGGCUUUAAAGACUCUGAGUUGGACUACAUUGUCUACGCGCUACUGAAGGAGACAUUAGCCAAAUCUAAAAUCGACCCCGCACUGAUCGAAGAUGUGUGCUUGGGCAAUGUCGGCGAAGCUAAAGCCGCCUACAUGGUCCGCGCUGCCGCUCUGGCUGCUGGAAUCCCUCACACGGCUGGUGCCUCCAGCGUAAACCGAUUCUGUUCCUCUGGCCUGAAGGCUGUGCAAGAUAUUGCCAACCAGAUUCAGCUUGGUGCUAUUGAUGUCGGUAUUGCUAUGGGUGCCGAGUUGAUGUCUGCUGCCGGUGAUCGUCUUGAGCGCCCCUUCAACGAUGAAGUUCUUCAGAACCAAGAGGCAAAGGACUGCAUGCAGCCUAUGGGACAGACUUCUGAGAAUGUCGGCAAGGACUUCGGUAUAUCCCGUGAGCAACAGGAUCGAUAUGCUGCGGAGUCAUUCCGCCGUGCGGAGGAGGCGCAGAAGGCCGGUUGGUUCGAUGAUGAGAUUGCUCCUAUCUCUGUUAAGGUUAAGGACCCUAAGACUGGUGAGGUUCACCAGGUCACAUUGACUAAGGAUGAUGGAAUUCGCCCUGGUACUACAUUCGAAUCUUUGUCGAAGGUUCGACCUGCAUUCCCCCAGUUUGGUGAUAAGUCGACUGGAGGAAACUCGAGCCAGGUUACCGAUGGAGCCGCUUCUGUCCUCCUGAUGCGUCGCUCUAAGGCCAUCGAGCUCAACCAACCUAUUCUCGCCAAGUUCUGCGGCGCCACCGUUGCUGGUGUGCCUCCUCGCGUGAUGGGUAUUGGUCCCACCGCUGCUAUCCCCAAGCUGCUGAGCAAAUUUCAGCUGGAUAAGAAUGAUAUUGAUAUCUUUGAGAUCAACGAGGCCUUUGCAUCCAUGGCUGUCUACUGUGUACAGAACCUUGGUCUUGACCACGCAAAGGUCAACCCCCGUGGUGGCGCUAUCGCUUUAGGACACCCUCUCGGUGCGACCGGCGCGCGCCAAAUCGCUACUGUGCUGAGCGAGGCGCGCCGGACUAAGAAGAAGAUCUUGGUUACUAGCAUGUGUAUUGGAACUGGUCAGGGUAUGGCCGGUCUAUUUGUGAACGAGCAAGUGUAA